AUGGAGUUGCUGAAUGCUGAAGAUCUUUGGAUAAAAAAUAUUGAAUACCAGGCCUUUGAAAAUGCCAAAAAGUUAAAAACGAUAAAAUUGAAACGGAAUUUAAUCUCAAGCAUAGAUGGAUUCAAAGCAGUGCCUUCAUUAGUUCACCUGGAUCUGUCUUAUAACAGAAUUACUCAUUUUAAUAACGAUGCUUUUGAAAAGAACAGAAAACUUGAACGGCUGUUCAUGAACCAUAACGACAUUUCAGAGCUACCUAGCUUCCAAAAUAUUGAUAAUCUUGAAGUGCUAAAUUUGUCAAAUAAUGAUCUUCAAGAAAUAUCUGACACCCAGUUUAGCGGAAAUCUCAUGCUGAAUAGUUUAGAUGCAUCUUACAACCAGCUUAGCCACUUCAAUUUAAACCAACUCGAUGAUAAGCCAAAUCUGUCUUUCAUAUCUGUAAGCUUUAAUAAUCUUGAAAGCCUUUACAUUCCUGGACAAGUUCAAAAAAUGGAUGCUCGAAAUAAUUCUAUUAGUAGCAUCAAUGCCAAUAUCUGUUCACUUCAACAUUUAUUCUUAUCACACAAUCAAAUUACAGACAUUUCAGCAUUGCACAACUGUAGAGGCAUGAAAAUGUUAAAUUUGUCACAUAACAAACUCCAAAGCAUUGAUUUGAUCGAAUCUAUGCCUGAAUUAAGCAAUUUGAAUGUUGCACACAAUCAAUUAUUUGAAAUAAAUUUUCCAGCAAAGGUAGCACAUCCUCUACAAAUUUUAGAUUUAUCAUAUAAUCACCUUAGCUUUGGCCCCACUAACAAAUUUGAUCAAAUGAAAACUCUCAAGUUGAAUAACAAUAAAUUUAUUGAAUUUAAAUUUGGUGGAAUGAUGAAGAGUCUCAAAAACGUACAACUAAGCAACAAUGAGUGGUGUUGUGAUAAAAUUACGCAAAUUAUGCAAGAAAAAAGAGAAAUAAUUUUCGAUAAAAAUGAAAUCUGCAUUAAUUCUCAGGCUAGAUUACUAAAUGGGAUUUGCUGCAAGGACUACACACAUAUGCUUCACUAA